AUGUCUGGUGUUCCCAGAGUCGAUGUUGGAGCUCCCGCACCACCACCGAAGAGCCGGAAGAGUGGGGUGAAAUCCAAGGGAAAGUCCAAGAAAAAGGAUGCUAUUCGCAAAUCACAAUAUGUUGACCCACAAAUCGUCAACGGACCAGACGCUUCUCAUCACUCGCGUCUGGAUAUAAUCGACCAGCUUGAUAUUUCAGGGCUCACUGGUGCUUCCUGUAUGUAUCUCAUAUUGACUAACACUAUCACGAAGGCUCUCCUGGAGUCUCAUCAACAACGGGAGGGUGGCAUGCCGGAUGCUGAAGAUCCAUCCAGGGAGCAAUUGCAUGAACUCUCCGAGAUCAGUGCGAAUCAAGAUGACAUGGGAAUAAGUGGCUACGCGGAUCCCAACACGGCCCAAGGUGAAUUGAUGGGCACUGGCACUGAACCUUGGCAAGAAUUCCUCAAUUCAAGUCCAUAUCAACAGAAGUCAACCACUCCGUCCCCGUUGAGCCAGCCCCAAGAGUUCGGUGACAUGGAAUCUAUUUUAAGAGGUGGUCGUCGCCGCGCAGAUAAUGCUAGUUCGCGCAAUGAGGGUCUAGAUGCCCCUUCGGAAACCUAUGACAUUAUGUCUGUAUCACGAAAGGACAAUGCUGCCAUUGGGCGUAGCAAGAGUCUUAUGGGACGCCUGCGACGACUUAAGUUGGACCCCGUGGAGGCGUCGAUGCCUGAAAGCACGGCGCGCUCAACUGCUGUUGGUUCCCGCCGUGAAAAUCAAAUAAGGCAUGUUCCUCAAGCAGCAGCGCCCCUGUCUUCAAGCAUAGCCCCGACGACCGUGACCCUUCCCACCGAUUCGGCAGGUGCCUCUGCUGGACAGACUGGCCCUGGUGUCUUCCCUUUGCAGCCAGAAGCUACGGCGGCUACCUCGCAGCGUGCCAUGGCGCCGACUUUCACGCCGCCACGUGCUUCCGAUGCACCACCACCGCUACCUCCGAAGGUGUCGGUUCAGCAAGAGAGUUCGGCGGCUAUGCAGCAGCGUUCUUCUAUGAGUGAGAGGAGAGCCAGUGACAGCCGUGAGAAGCAGAAUGAAAUGCCAUCGCGUGGGGGCGGCCUUUUCCGACGUUUCACCACGCAGCAUCGCGGCCCCAGUAGAGGAUAG